AGAAAAGCGUGAGGAUGGAUUGGGCAGGACGCACCCAAAUCUAAGCUGAUUUGGAUUGGAUGGCUUGCUCUUCCUACUACAUCUUCAUGCAAUCAUUUGCUCGCAGCCGGGCUCUCCGUCUUCUUCCCACGAGCUCCAUCAGGUGCUAGCUAGAAGCAGUAUGUAUCAGCUGGAGACCAUGGACGACUCCAGCUUGUUCAUGCAGUGGGCCGUGGACACGCUGCAGCACGACCACCCGCCGCUCGCCGCUGCCUACGCCGCCGGCGACAACUUCCCAUCACUCGAAGAGCUCCGCCGCUCGGCGUUGCAGCACGGCACGGCUCCGGCGGGAAUGGCGGUACAAGACGGCCACCGUCUCCUAUCCACCGACAGCUGGAGCUCCGGCGACAGCGGCGGCCGUGAAAGCACGUCUGCCGCGGUCGUGGAGAACGACGUCAACUGCGCGACGACCUGCAGCGUCGGCAGCAGCAACAACUACCUGCCCAUGAGCUGGAACUUCACCUCGGCCAUGGCGCAGCCGAGCAACGAGGCGGCGCCAAGCCCCGCCACCGCUCCCUCAGCUGGAGCGCUCGACGGCCCCGGCGUGGUGGAGCAGGCCCACGUGUCGCCGCCGUCGAGGAGAGCCUCCGCCAAGAGCGCCGCCAGGGCUGGACACGCGCCGUACGCGCAGGACCACAUCAUGGCGGAGCGGAAGCGCCGGGAGAAGAUCAACCGGCGAUUCAUCGAGCUCUCCACCGUCAUCCCCGGCCUCAAGAAGAUGGACAAGGCGACGAUCCUUUCGGACGCCGUCAAGUACGUCAAGGAGCAGCAGGAAAAGCUCAAGGCGCUCGAGGACCGCAACCUCAGGAGCGUCGCCGUCGAGUCGGUGGUGCUCGUCAAGAAGUCGCGCACCGCCGUGCCGCAAGACGAUGACGUCGGCGGCUGCUGCCGGUCACCGUCUGCAGGUCCCGGGGCAGCAGCUGGAAGCACCACGACGACGACCGGGAGCGUGCUGCCGGAGAUCGAGGCGAGGAUCUCAGAGAGCAACGUGAUGGUGAGGAUCCACUGCGAGGACGGCAAGGGGGUGCUUAUCAGGCUGCUCGCCGAGGUCGAGGGGCUACACCUGAGCAUCACGCACGCCAAUGCCGUCCCGUUCCAGGCUUGCACUGUCAUCAUAACCGUCAUGGCAAAGGUGGACGAAGGCUUCAGCGUCACGGCGGAGGACAUUGUUGGGAGGAUAGAGGCGGCGUUGGCUGCACCCACGUCAUAGGGCCGGGAUAACAAUACUCCGGUAGAGAUCAAGGUUCAAGGAGCACGAAGCCGUUCAAAGAUGCUGGCAGAGUGUCCGUCGCGGCAAAUUUUAUGCAAAUAAAUUAGUUCUCGUCAUGCGCGCAUGAUUCAACAGUGCAUCGGGGCUUAAAAUAAUUACUGCAUCUUUCAAGACAAAACUACACUGUCGUUCUUGCACACACAAAAAACUGUACACUUUCUGUGCUACUUCAUCAGUCUCAUAAUAAAAAAACAUUUUUAAACUA